GGCCAGGCCUGCGCAGUCGCGGCGGCGGGUGAAGAUGGUGGAGGACGGCGCGGAGGAGCUGGAGGACCUGGUGCACUUCUCCGUGUCCGAGUUGCCGAGUCGCGGCUACGGCGUCAUGGAGGAGAUCCGCCGGCAGGGCAAGCUGUGCGACGUGACGCUCAAGAUUGGGGACCACAAAUUCAGCGCUCACCGAAUCGUCUUAGCAGCCUCCAUCCCGUACUUCCACGCGAUGUUCACCAAUGACAUGAUGGAGUGCAAGCAGGAUGAGAUUGUGAUGCAGGGAAUGGACCCCAGCGCCCUGGAGGCUCUCAUCAACUUUGCCUACAACGGCCACCUCGCCAUCGACCAGCAAAAUGUCCAGUCAUUGCUGAUGGGGGCGAGCUUCCUACAGCUGCAGAGCAUCAAAGAUGCCUGCUGCACGUUCCUCCAAGAACGGCUUCACCCCAAAAACUGCCUGGGUGUGCGCCAGUUUGCGGAGACGAUGAUGUGCGCUGUGCUGUACGACGCGGCCAACAGCUUCGUCCACCAGCACUUCGUGGAGGUGUCCGUGUCGGAGGAGUUCCUGGGGCUGCCCCUGGAGGGCGUGCUGGAGCUGGUGUCUCGCGAUGAGCUGAACGUCGCGUCGGAGGAGCAGGUCUUUGAAGCCGCGUUGGCCUGGGUCAGGUACGACCGGGAGCAGAGGGGGCCCUGCCUGCCCGAGCUGCUGUCCAAUAUCCGGCUGCCCCUCUGCCGGCCCCAGUUCCUGUCGGACCGAGUGCAGCAGGAAGACCUGGUGCGAUGCUGCCACAAGUGCCGGGACCUGGUGGACGAAGCAAAGGACUAUCACCUCAUGCCAGAACGCCGGCCCCACCUGCCAGCUUUCCGAACGCGGCCUCGCUGCUGCACGUCCAUCGCUGGGCUCAUCUACGCCGUGGGAGGCCUCAACUCAGCAGCAAAUUUUUAUGCAGGUGAUUCCCUGAACGUGGUGGAAGUGUUCGACCCCCUCGCCAAUCGCUGGGAGAAGUGCCAUCCCAUGACGACCGCCCGCAGCCGCGUCGGCGUGGCUGUGGUGAACGGGCUGCUCUACGCCAUCGGGGGCUACGACGGCCAGCUGCGGCUGAGCACCGUGGAGGUCUACAACCCAGAGACGGACACGUGGGCCCGGGCGGCGAGCAUGAACAGCAAGAGAAGCGCCAUGGGGACGGUCGUGCUGGACGGGCAGAUCUACGUCUGUGGGGGCUACGACGGCAACUCUUCCCUCAACUCUGUGGAGACCUACUCACCUGAGACGGACAAGUGGACAGUGGUGACCCCGAUGAGCUCCAGUCGCAGUGCUGCCGGGGUCACGGUCUUCGAGGGCAGGAUAUACGUGUCCGGCGGCCACGACGGCCUGCAGAUCUUCAACAGCGUGGAGCACUACAACCACCACACGGCCACCUGGCACCCCGUGGCCGGCAUGCUCAACAAGCGCUGCCGGCACGGGGCCGCCUCCCUGGGGAGCAAGAUGUUCGUCUGCGGCGGCUACGACGGCUCCGGCUUCCUCAGCAGCGCCGAGGUGUACAGCGCCGCGGCCGACCAGUGGUGCCUCCUCGUCCCCAUGCUCACGCGCCGCAGCCGCGUCUCCCUGGUGGCCAGCUGCGGGCGCCUCUACGCCGUGGGGGGCUAUGACGGACAGUCGAACCUCAGCUCCGUGGAGAUGUUCGACCCGGAGACGGGCUGCUGGGCCUUCACGGCCCCCAUGGCGUGCCACGAGGGCGGGGUCGGGGUGGGCUGCAUUCCUGUCCUCGCUGUCUAAGGCACAGGGGGGCGUGGUGGGGUCGGGGACAGGUACCAGCGUGGGCACUUCCUUCCAGGGGGGCAUCCCGCCGGAGAGGGGGACCAGCAGGCUCAGGGGAGCCGAGGGGCGGUUCCCGGGUGCGCAGUCCUCCCUCGCGUGCCGCCCUUGUGCCCUCCAAGCCCAGGGCACCAAGACACACAGCCUGGCAGGUGCCUCUGGGCCUCACAGCUGGUGCCAGCGGCUGCUUGUGGUCACACGCCCAGGCCCGUCCAAGCCCAGCUCCGAGCCACCCUGGCUGGAGGCUCCAUCUGACACUCGCCUGCUGUUCUCCAGCCACAGAGCGGCCAGUCUGACGGGCAGCCGCAGUGACCACGCCUUGGAAGCGGGUGUGGCUGGGAGAGGACGACACCUGUGGAGACGCCGCGUAGGCCGGGGGCUCGCGCCAGGCACCUCCUUCCAUCCGGGGCAGAGGCCUUGUCCUGCUCCCGGGAGAGCAGGGUGCACAGAAGCUCUCCUGUCUGCUGUUGGGGUCUCAGUGAGGUCUCUUUCAUCUUAUUCGGGAGAAACAGAAGGAAAAAAAGAUACUUGAAAGAAGCUGAAGGAAAUUUAAAGAAACACUUGAAAGAAACUGGAAAGAAAAAUACCUUUUUUUUAAGUAAACAUUUUUUGCAAGAAGAAAAUGUUAAAAAAAAAAAAGAGACACUAAAAGGAAAUCGUGUUUAAACAGAAAACCACCCACCAUGUAGAGGGUGGUGCCCGCUCCCACAUCUGGGCCCGGUCCUGAGCCUCGCACAGCACGGGGGUUCCCUCUGGCCCCGCGUGUUGAAUCCGCGCACGACGGGCCCUGCAGCAAGGUGCUCCUCGGUCGUCUUCACACCCAUCGUCAGAGGACUCUUCCUCGCAGGCUUAGUGAGUCGGCUGACCUGCCGCAGCUCCUGCAGGGGGAGCGCCCAGCUGGUUGCUGGAGGCUCCCGGUGCCCCUGUGGUCGCCCACGGCCACCCUGGCUCACUCGCACUCCCCUCCCCACCUUUCAUUCCUUCCGUAUUCGACCAGCAGGAAGCAGUCGGUCUGGCCAGACUCUCGCUGCCCGUCUGUCGUUCUUGCUAGAGGCUGGUGGUGAAGCCUGUGGGGCUCUGCCUGCCUCUGGAGCCGGCCGAGGACUCGGUCUGGUGGCCUUGCCCGCCCUGCCCGUCCGCUGCUGCUGCGCCCUCGGCAGCCUGACCCGCAGAGGACCUCGACUUGCACGCAGAGCCGGCUUUCCCAAGUGAAGAGUCAAGGCCGGAGGACUCCUGCCGCUGCAAAGAACAAGCUUUAUAGUCCUUCCCCCGAUUGAGCAAAGGGCUCUGGAGGACACUGCUCCCUCCCUCCUCCCUGAUGGGACCUCAGGGGCACACAGGAGGCCCCUGGGUCACCAGCGCGGGGCAGGGGGCCGUCCUUCAGCUGCUGCCGCCAGAGCUGGUGUUCUGCCUGCUGCCAGUAUUGAGUGCAGGACGGGCCUCGGGUCCCCGGAGGCUGGGAGCCUGGCGGGGAGCAGUGUGGGGCCGGAGUCGUCUUCCGCCCGCGAGGUUCGCAGGGUGAGCCGUCGCCAGGUGUCCGGAGGGAAUACCCUGUGCCUGCCACUUGGGCGCUGGGCCUCUGGGACAAGCACUUGAACAUGAUUUUUGAACGACAACAAUCGAUAAGGCUGAGCUGAGCCCUGGAGCAGCUCUGACAUUCCCCGCCCUCUCAUUGGCCCUGAGGUGGCCGCGGGGAGGCGGGUCCGCAUUCCUGGUGGAGAGGGGUGUGUGUUGCGUGUCUGAUUCUCAUCAGCCCCUUCUUCUGUGAACUUGAAGUAGCACUGACAAGCCUGAUGGUGACGGCGCUAAGAACCGGUCAGUGGGCCAAGGCGGGGGCCUGGCCGGUCCUUAGGAGGCUGGCCCGGAGGCUGCCACUGGGGGUGGCUCAUUUCCCGAGACCUGCUGCCCUUGUAGGGCCUUCCCGCGUCCCUCCCGCCUCCCCGGCAACAUUGCACUGCUGACUGAGAGCGCUUCCCGGGAGAGGGAGCCAGGCCUGGACCCGGCUCAGCACAGGUGCACACCCACCGGUAGUUUUACACUCUGAGCCCCUCAGUCCAAGGGCAUGUUUGCCAGCAGCUGGUCUGCCCUGUGCUGCCGGCGCCGUCUCAGCAGCACGGUGAGAAGAGCCGUCACCUCAGAGACGUGCAGGGGGUUUCCCAGCUGGACAGCUGUGCUCAGGGCCUCGGGGCGCGCCCAGCCCGGAGCAGAGGGCUGUGACCUGUGUCCUGGGCAUUUCCCCUGAAAGCACGUGUUUUAUCUGCGAUCAAAGCCGAGAUGGGAGCUGAAGACCAGCCUUUGACUUGGCCACAAAGGUGGGAGCAGGGAGAGAUUCUCCUCCUCCCGCCCCCCAAUUUACUGUUUCCCAGAAAUCUCACUUCCUUUUAUUUAUAGAGCGCAUGUGUUAAGAAACCAAAGAGAAAUAAAGAGCACACUUCUAUCGCC